UAGUUUGUCGCACACACACAGCCUCUCUCCUCAGCUUGCUCUUCUCUGUCUCUCACCCACUGUCUCGCUCCCUACCACUAGACACUAGAUUGCUCAGUGGUGAACUCUUUUUUGCUCCUAGACAGCUUCAAUGGACAGCCAUGUGAUUUAGAAACUCAGUUACCACAGGAGCCUGCAGUACGGGGGGGGGUGGUAAAAGGAGGAGGAGUGGAGCAAAAAGAAAAAAAAGAGCUUUCCUUCUGUUUGGGCUCAGUCUGUUGAAAUUCAGCUUGCUAAGCAGAGGUUUCCAAUCUCAUCUGAGAUUGAUCUGGAGGUCACUGGGGGAGUGGAAACCUGGGACCUAAAAGUACCUUUCCUUUCGUCCCCAACACAGUGGUAGCUUCCAUUCAGAAGUCUCUCCGAUUCACACACUGGGUGGCUGCUGAGCCCCGCAGAUAACGGUGAAGGGAACACUUAGGUGCCAGUUGAUUCGUACCAGGAGGGCUCUUGAUUUUUCUUUGUGGUUCCAGUUUUUUCUCCCCCUGUCUGUCUUUCUUUUCUGCAUGGAAAGACAAGGACGAUGGAUGGAUUCUUGGUAGGAUGGAUCGUUCUGCUGUGGGUAACAGCACUGGCUGAGGGACUGCAGGUCACGGUGCCUGAAAAGAAGAAGGUUGCUAUGCUGUUUCAGCCUGCCCUGCUUCGCUGUCACUUUUCUACUUCCUCCACCCAGCCAGCUGUGGUGCAAUGGAGGUUUAAAUCCUAUUGCCAGGACCGCACAGGAGAAGCUUUGGGUCUGGCCACCUCGGGGUUACAAGCAGUGAGCAAAAGGAACCUGGAGUGGGAUCCCUACCUGGAUUGUGUGGACAGCAGAAGGACGGUCCGUGUCGUAGCCUCCAAGCAGGGAUCCGCGGUCACAAUAGGGGACUUCUAUAAGGAAAGAGAUGUCACCAUUGUCCAUGAUGCAGACCUCCGUAUUGGGAAGCUGAUGUGGGGAGACAGUGGGCUCUAUUACUGUCUCAUCAUCACCCCUGACGACUUGGAGGGCAAGAAUGAGGAGUCAGUGGAGCUGCUGGUUCUGGGCAGGACAGGGCUGCUUGCUGAUCUCUUGCCAAGUUUUGCUGUGGAGAUUAUGCCAGAGUGGGUGUUUGUUGGCCUGGUGAUCCUGGGGGCUUUCCUGUUUUUCCUCCUGGUUGGGAUCUGCUGGUGCCAGUGCUGCCCACAUAGCUGCUGCUGCUAUGUCCGCUGCCCCUGCUGUCCAGAUUCCUGCUGCUGUCCACGGGCAUUGUAUGAAGCGGGCAAGGCGGCAAAAGCUGGAUAUCCAUCUGCUGUCACCUCCAUCCCAGGUCCUUACUACAUCCCCACUGUUCCGGGAGCUGGCGUGCCAUCUCCUGCUGUGCUGAUGGAGAAGUCGCAUCCCCCGCCCCUAGCACCAAGUGACUCCAGUGGAGGAAGCCAAAAUGCAGUGCGCAAGGGGUACAGGAUCCAGGCCGACAAGGAGAGGGACUCCAUGAAGGUGUUGUACUACGUCGAGAAAGAACUGGCACAAUUUGACCCAGCCAGGAGGAUGCGAGAGCGAUAUAACAACACCAUCUCUGAACUCAGCUCCCUGCACGAGGACUCGAACUUCCGUCAGCCUUACCGGCAGGUGCGAAGGAAACCCCUGCCUCCUGCGGGGGACCUGGAUGGCGAUGCGGAGUACUGGGCAGGGGUGAUUAGCGGAGGUGGUGCAUCAAGGACACAGGCAGUUUCUGAUUACAGGGAGGAGAGGGACAGCUUUAGGCAUAGCCAGCAGAGAUCGAAAUCAGAAAUGCUGUCGAGGAAGAACUUCUCUGUGGGUGUGCCGGCUGUCUCCAUGGACGAGCUGGCGGCUUUCGCAGAGUCCUACAGCCAGCGCGCCCGCCGGACAGAUGGCGGCCAGGAGCCCCGGCGUUUCGAGAGGUCGGAGUCGCGAGGGGGACGUGGCGGGGUGGUGCAGCACCAGGACAGCUCCUCGGAGGAGUACUAUGGCAAGCGCAGGGGGAACCGCGAGCCACUGACAGACUCGGAUCGGGGCUGGUCAUACAGCCCGCCCAGGAGACGGGCCCACGAUGAGAAGCACUUGCCCAGGCUGGUGAGCCGGACGCCUGGAGGGAGUCAGAAGUAUGACCACUCCUGCCUCAGCAGUGUCCUAGAGAGGAAAUCCCGGAGCUAUGAGGAGAGCGGCGAACGCAGUGAGACGCCCUCGAAGCUGAGCUCGCAGCCCAGCCAGCGAGGGGGAACGUAUUAUGCCUGGUCACCGCCAUCCACCUACAAAGCAGGGCAGCAGCAGCAGCCACCGAAGCCAGAGGAAGGAGAAGACACCCUGCCUCCAUACAGCGAGAGGGAGCUGAGCCGCGGCCCUUCAUACAGGACCAGGGAGCAGGCUUACCUCAAUGCCUCAGAGAAGAAGAGGAAAAAGGAGCCCAAGAAAACAAAUGAUUUCCCAACCAGGAUGUCCCUUGUGGUUUGAUGUUGUCACAGAAGAGUCGUGUUGAUGGGCUGGGUACCAUGAGGUGGCCGUGAGGCUGAGAUACAGAGCCCUAAGCAAACAGGUCCCAAUGAACCUUUGCAGCCACCAGCCAUGGAUAUUCUCUUUCAACUGUCUGUUUCACCACGGGAGUGGAGGCCAUCUGCAGAGGCAGACUCCAACCAAUAGCUCUCAUCCCACUUGCUGUGGGAGAGUCCUCCAGGAAAAUCAAUGAUAGGGCUCUCUUUGGAACUCUGUUCCACAUUGCAAGGCAGCUGUCGCCAUAUUCCAUGUCCCAAGGAUCUCAAACCCAAAGAGGGGCUGGCUUCUAGCCUCUCACCCCAGAAUGCCUCAUCCCACAUUAGGAGAGGCCUGUCUCCAUACUGCUUGCUCUCACUGUUUCUAGACUUGGAAGGAAGUUGUCUUCAUGCCUCUCGCACUCAGAGCCUUAGGAGGUGGGGACUGCCUCUCACACUCAUCACACCGAGAUGUCUCCAUGUCCCAUCUCUUCCAUGCUUGGAGGAGGCCUCAUUCUAAGAACUGCAAGUUUCCUCAAGAUGGCAAGGUCCCCUACCCCUGAAAGUUCUGAAAGAAAAUCUCUAACAAAAUACUGCUGAGCGUGGCACUAUGCUAAGGGCUGAGCAGGGAGAGAAACAAGCAUGGGUUGGUUGGUUUGAUAUUUUUAGUCCUGUUCAUUCAGUGAUGGGAACUGCAAGUGAGAUUUUAUGUACUGUUUUAAAAGUGGAUCUAAGUAGAUUUUAUUGUAAUGAGAACAUAACAUGGUUCUUCUCACUGUUGUUUGUCUUGAUAUGUGUGCAUUUCCUUGAGGCUGAGAUAUGACAAUAUAAAGCUUCAGAUGGGAAUCUGUUUGAUCAUAUGACAAACACAGCACAA